CCCAACACCAAAUUAACCAAUAUUCUCUAUCAUUUUCCUCCCAGCUUUCUAAUUUAUCAUCAAACAAAAAUCUGUAGUACACUACUUUGAAACAAAAUGGCAGCCAAGAAUGUAGCUGAGUCGCCUUUGGAAAGAAGUUGUAGCUUGACUUCACUCGACCAGAGGCUAGCCCUUGCCAAACGUUGUUCUCAUGGUAACUAUAUAUGAUUUAAUUUCCCUCACUUGGGUUAAUUAAACAUCCAAAUUAAUCUAUGUAUAGUAAAAAAGAUUGUUCACUAUGUUUUUUUGAUAAUGCAGAGGGAGUUGUUGCCGGAGCAAAAGCAGCUGCUGUUGCUUCCAUUGCGACUGCUAUCCCAACUAUGGCUAGUACAAAGAUGCUGCCGUGGGCAAGGGCACAUCUGAAUCCAACGGCACAAGCUCUCAUUGUCUCCACCGUUGCCGGGAUGGCUUACUUUAUUGUGGCCGACAAAACUGUGUUGGCCACUGCCCGGAAAAACUCCUUCAACCAUUGAGUUUCUCGGCGAGUAGCACAACUGCCCCCAUCAUUUUUAUCAUGAAUCAGUUCAUGCUUAAAAAAUCAAAGGGCUCGCAAGCAGCGGAUCGAGUUGGGUCCAAUCGUAAAGGAUUUCUGCCUAUGUAGCCUGUUUGGCCGUAAUUUUUACCUACCAUAGCUAGCUAGCUACCGCUGUAAAUACUCGAAUAAUAAAACCAAUAGAUAGACGUACGUAUUACCUUUUUCUGUUGUAGAAGAUUAAUAAAUGCAACUCCGGCUUUGUAUCUGCCAUGAGUGGCUAAUAAUAUGAUCACCUAUUCAGAUUUCGUCUCGAUAUGGUUAUAUAUUUUCACCAAAAUCACAAAUGUUUUCGUUUAUCAUUUUGUUCUUGCCAUUAAUUAGGAGUACCAUUAAUUAAUUAGUUUAGCUUAUUCAAAUAAAAUACGAAAUGCC